CUUCGGGCUGGCACAGAAUCCAUCCGCUCUUGCCCCAGAAUCUGAACACAUACCGGCCCCACAGCAUCCCGCAUCCACAGCCCUCAUGAUGGACAAGUCCGAGCUCUCCUCUGCCGUGGCCUCGUCGCCGUCGACGAUCGCGGGCGAGGUCCCCGUCGUCGUUACCGUGGAGAAUUCGCUCGUCCUGGCCACUUCCGUCCCCAGCGACCACCAGGAAGAGCACCAUCUCCCGCCAUUUGGAUGUCCGCCUCAACAGGACUGGGAGUCUUUCGAGGCUCUCCUGCGGACAUAUGCCCACCAGACCAACCAGAACUUUGCCAUCCGCGACUGCCAGACUGUCAAGACCUUUUGGAAGAAGGAGCUCGAGCGGAAACAGCGGCAGCAAGGCGCCGCCUUCUCGCAGGAAUCCUACCAUUGUAUCUAUCCCGAAGCCCUGCGCUACGUCUCCAAGCUCUACGUCUGCGUCCAUGGGGUCAAGCCCCGAUCGCGUCCAACGGACUACUCGCGGCCGCGCCAGUCAUAUCUCUACAAGCAUUGCGAGGCCAAGAUCUACGCCCAUCUGGAGCGAGUCUCGGGCACGGAUGACUUUGUGGUGGUUGUUCGGCGGCAGUACAACACCCAUUCCCACGAGCUCUAUCCGCGAUCAUCACCCAUCGGCCACAGCGCCUCCCGAAAGAAGCGAAAGACCAUCGACUCGAUCGAAGAGCAUCUCCAGCACCUGCAGCACCACCCAUCCCAUUCGCAUGCGCACUCUGGCGCGCAAGGACAUCCGCUCCCGACCCACCCCGUCUUUGGCGAAGCCCUGACUUCACAGCUCCCACAAGCACAUCUGCCGCACUCGCUUUCGCUGCAGCACCCGCCGGGAUCUUCGCCCUUCCACGUUGUGUCUGCAGUCGGGACUCCCGUGGGCUCGCCGGGUCAGGCGGCCCAUGCCCUGGUUCACUCGCACGUCCAUUCCGAGCUGCAUGCCCACCCCCCGCCCGAUCUGCACAUCUCGAUCGAGAACGGCAAGGCCGUCGACCACCAUCUGACUCACACGCUGUUCCACCAGAAGGACAUCCAGCUCAAGGCACAUCUGGAGUACUGCACCCAAAACUCAAUCAACCACGGGCUUGAAACGCAGAACUGCAUCUCCUACGCGCAGGGCAAGCUCCUGCAGCUUCUGGCCCAGCCCACGGAUCGCAUCCUGGAGAUCGGCACCAUGGGCGGCUAUGCCACACUCUUUAUGGCCUCGAAUCUGACGACCGGCUCCGUCACCACCCUCGAGAUCGACUCGAUCUGUGCUCGCGUUGCCUGCGAGAACAUGGAAUAUGCCAACCUCGGCGAUCGUGUUCAUUUGAUCGAAGGCUUUGCGCUCGAGUCGCUGCAGAAGCUCCAGGCCGAAGGCCAGCAGUUCGACUUUGUCUUUAUCGAUGCCGAUCUGGCAAGCUACCCCGAGUAUCUGCGCAUCUCCAUCGAGCUUGUUCGCGUUGGCGGCCUGAUCGUGGCCAACAACAUUCUGCGCGAGGGCAUCGUCCCCAGCGUCCAUGCCAACGGCGAGGAAUGCGUUAGCGGCGUCCAGGGAUUCCUGAUGCUAUUGAGCUCGGAUCUCCGGGUGGACUCGACUGCCUUCCAGACCCUUGGCGUCAAAGGCUACGAGGGGUUUUCGAUCACCAAGCGGGUGCAAUAGAGCACAUGCACACGUUGACGAAAUUGCGCCCAUGCAAGAUCACCAAUAGAUUUCGAGCUGCAGCUCAAACGACCCGCCAACCUCAGAGCGAGGGAUGGAAAGUGCGAUGCCAUGGUCACUGGAACGGCGGCUUUCAGUGCCCUCUCCCCGACCAAGAGCCAUGUCUGCGGCAAAAGCUGAUAAACUGCUCUGAGCAUGCGUCCCUGGACCUUGAGAUUUUAAAAAAUGCAUUCAUAUUUCGAUCCGUUAUG